AUGGCGGACCUCACACUAUACAUCACUGAGAUCCAAGUGGUUGUUCAUUCCGGAGAUGCUGAGGGUUUUCUUUGGCACCAUCGCAUAUUGCUUCACAGGGUCGAGGCAGGCAACUGGCUCACUUUGACCCCUGUCUUGGAGAUCCAGAGGCGUGACUUAGGAGCACAACGGCAUCGAGUUUUGGACAGGGCCGCUCCCUUUCCGGCGGACAUCGUGGACGAGAUCUAUGCUCACGACCCCAUUGGGAGAGCCAGCCUUGCCAACUACAAGCGGCAGGCGCAGAUACAGGCUGCUGUGCUGGGGGAAGGUGCCGUCAUCGACACGGACGCCUUCAGCUGGAUCGUGUCGAUCCUCGGCGCGCUGACUUUGGGAGACGCCACUGGCCUCGCCUUUACCUCCAAGGGGGUUAUCUUGCUUGGCGGCGAGGAGGUCUUUGUGGAGCGCGUCGGCAGCAACGAGGUUGAAGAGUGGCGCCGGGCUCGCGGGCUUGAGACCUCCGACGUUCGACUUCUUGGCGACCGUCGUGACCCCAGUGGCAAGAAGCGGCUCGAUCUGAAGGAGGCCGUGGCUUUCAUGAAGUCGCCCGCUGACCCCGAGUUCCCCAUUGCUGGAGUUCGAGUGGCACGCGAGUUCCAUGAGUCAGUGGUCUGGACAUCAUUGAAGGCUCGGCAGCGCUUCCAGAUGGCAGGGCCAGCACUUCGAAACACCGAGUGGGUCACUGGCCGACUCAAGGAGCGGGCAUCCAUUUGGAAGCAGGAAAGGCUCUACAAUCAGGAGCGGCGCCAGCUUCGCACACGUGGUGGUCGGAACGAGGGCGGCGACUCCAGCUCUGAUGGCGCGAUGGUGGCGGCGCCACCGAGUAUGGCGCCGGCUCGGCCAAAUGAGCGCGGGCUGCGGAUGCAUGGCAUGAAUUCAGUGUACGGCGCCCCUCUUUGCACCAUCGGUGUGGGGAUCCUUUUCCUCUACCUCGACUUCCUGAUGGGCGAGGGGGACCUUGCCCGGCGCUCACACCUGUACUCGCAGGAGGCAAGCCCGCUGGUGGCCACGGACCUCGACAAGAUCAAAAUCCUACGUCGACGUCUGGGCCCGAAGAACGCUCGAGACCUUGCUCCCCGCGAAGCACGUGGCUACCUUGAGCACUUCUCCGAACUUGGCUUGGAGCUGGACCUCAUUCUCGAGAACCUGAACGAACCCUACUGGGAUCCUGGACUCAGGCGGGAUAAGCACAAGCGCAUCCUCUUCCAGGCCUUGGACCGCGCCAACCUCCUUGACUUCCGUCGUCAGAGCAAAGCACGCGUUGGAUUCUUCACCGUGCGCAGGAAGGAUGGACAGCAACGACUCAUCGUCGAUGCCCGCCAGGCCAACAGCUGUCACCAUUCCCCUCCGGUGACCCGGCUGGCGACUCCUGCCGGCAUGACCGCUGUGGACUUGAUCAAGGAGACGCUCCUCAGCAGUGGUUUUGGUGAGGCAUUGGACAUGCACGGCGUCAUGGCCGAAGCGGGUGAUGUGGGAGAUUGUUUUUACAAUUUCUGCAUCCCGGAGCUGGCGUCGUGGUUCUGUACGGAUGAUGCCUUCGACGACCUUGAGCUCAGGGAGUACGGCUUUCGCGUGGACAGCGUGUGCAACGACGACACCGGCAAGCGCGAGGCGUUGCAGCCUGGUGAGAAAGUGUACGCGGCCUUCAAGGGCAUUCCCAUGGGCUGGAGCUGGGCACUCUACCUCGCGAACGAGAUUGUCUGCCACCAAGUUGCGGCAACUUCCGGCCAUGAGGCCCCUGAGACAGAGGAGAUACGACCAGAGGCAGAUGGACAGCUUGGGACUUCGGCUGGCUUUUGGCGACCGUUGUACCGCUACGGCCAAACCGCAGAGAGCUUGGAAGUUGUGGCUGGCGGCUAUGUGAACCACCUCCUGAUCAUCCUGGUGAUCUCGGUGGCCGCGGCCAUGCCCCGGGCCAUGACGGCGGACCUGAUCAAGGCAGGCUGCAGCUGUGGGGAGCGGGGUGUUGCGAUGGCGAGAUCUUGGCGGAGAUUGGGCGGCCUGUCCGGCAUCUCUGCGGGCGUCUUGGACAAUGACUUGAUUGUGGGUCCCGGCGGCAGCCUGGCCGAAGAGCAGGGGUUGCUUGGACACUAUGGCGAGCUUGAGUGGCUGCGUGGUGACCCGCCUCGCCUGAUGCUGGAGAAGGUGCUUGUGGGUCUCUACGGUGGUGGUGUCGCCUGCCUGGCUGGCGGCAUGCGUUCCCUGACUUGCCGCGGGUUGUGCUUUGACAACGUCGCCGGCUUCCUGAACGACAAGGCUGAGGAGGAGGCGCAGCGAGCCCACGCGGCGCGCAUCCGGAGGUGGAAGCACGACAUCCAGGAAAAAGUCGGUGCCAUGGCCAGAUGGAUCACGGCCAAGGUCACCAUGAGGCGUGCGAGGUGGGCGGCCAACUUUGACACGGACCGCCUUCGAAGCUUUCUGGACACCUUGGGGGCCAGCUACUCCGGCGGCCGAGCGCGAGGUGCGGAAGAGGACCCGUUCUAUCCUCAGCCGGCGGGCGCGGAAGGCAAAGCGCAAGGUCAGGGUGGCGGGCAUUCCGAAACCCGAUGGAGGACUUCGACCGCUGGCGCUCACGCAGCUGGCGUGGAGGUUGGGGGCGUCCGAGAUGCUGGCGCAGCUGCGGCCUUGGUUCUGUGCGUGGAUGCCGGAGUGUCUUCAUGGCGGGCUGCCCGGGCGCUCCGUCGAUGCCAUUCACGAGCAACUUGGCUGCCUCUUGGAAAGCGCACCUUUGUGGGCUGCAAGGCUGACGUGCGGAAGUGCUUCGACAGGGUUUCUCCGCAGGCAGCCCUUACUGUGCUGCAGUGGCGGGGCGCUCCGGCGUGGCUGGCGGCGAUCCUUGAGGACUUUACACGGAGCAGGAGAGGUGGGUGGCGGUCGCUGGCGUUUUUGCCUCGAUCUGUGGGGGCGGGGGCUUCCUUGCUUCAGGGCUGUCCCUUCUCACCGCUCCUCUUGAACGCCAUGAUGCACAUUUGGAGCAGGCCGGGGAGCGGUGCAACGUUCGGAGACGGCACCCAGGCUGGCGCAGUUGCAGACGAGAUGCUUGGCUUUGAGCUCCACCCCGGCAAGUCCUUUGCGUGCAACGUGGAGCAGCGCGAGGCCCUGAUGGAGCACGCGGACGUCAUCGGCAUCCCCCAGACAACUUUCGUACUGCUUGGCAUCCCAUACAGGCUUACCGGGCACCAGGCCUUCGACGCCAAGGACGUGACCAAGGAGCUGUGGGAGCGAGGUCGGAGGAUACGGCGGGUGGCGGUCCACACAACGAACGACUCGGGCGAGGCGGCGGUGUGGGGUGGGCCUUUGGCCUACCUUCUUUGGACCUUCAUUGGCGUCGACCUGCGCCCGGACUUCGCCAUCAUCGUGACGGUCCUGACCAAGGAGUGGCUCCGACUCGUGCGAGGUGGGCAAGGGCGUCGAGGACUUCGCGUCGACGACGCGCUGGCGGCUGUUGGCUGGCGCACACAGGGCGUGGAGGAGGGAGCUGUGGAGGCUCCCCCAGCUGGCUGGCCGGAGGCCGGCGUUUGCCCCUACCUCAACAACAAGGCGGACGAGGCGGCCACUUUCCAGCUUUCGACGUUGGCGGUGGUUCAGAGCCCUGGAGGUGCGGAUCAAGGAGGGCGAAGCUUGGAGCUACCGGGCGUUGAAUGCCCAACUGCAGGCCACGGAGCCGUGGCACACCGAGGUCAAGAGGGUCGUCUCCGAGAAACGUACCCUCACCUGGCGUGCGAGAAGGGCCGUCGGCUGACGAGCUCUACUACCUCUUCCUUUCCUGGUGGCGGCUACAUCGUGUCAGUGUGCCGUCCUGAUCGAACACUACUACUACUGGAAGUUGUGGCUGGCGACGCGUGGACUUCUUCGGCGAAGGCGAAUUUCUGGCCGGCUACUCCGCGUGUACCUCGGCUUGGCGAACUUCACUUUCAGCUUUUGUGGCCGGCCAUGGCUGUCUUUUCUGCCACCUACAAGUUUGCAGCACAGCGUGGGGACCGCCGGGCAACUUUGUGGCCCAGCGUUCGGGGAGAACUUCGGCAAGCGCUUGGGCUGAUCUUCUUGGUGGAGCGUGAGAUGUCUGCACCUUUUUGCAAGGAGGUGCACAUUGGCGAUUCUUCUGACCGGGGAUACGCUCUCGUGUAUACCCAAGCUACACACCGUGAACUUCAAGCAGCUUUGGAUCACCGAGAAAAGUGGCGCUUCAUCCCGCAGCUGGACACCAAUGAGCUCUCUUUGCCCAAGUUGCCCGAGGACGAGCCCUCUGGCUACAUUGGACAAACACCUGAGGCUGGAGUUGGGACGCGGACAAGCUAUGGACGCUACCUCAACAUGAAGGCCGAUCGCGAGUACUCAUCGGCCUUGUCUGACGAGCGACGCUGGACGUUGGUGACUUCGGCGCCGUGGAAGAACGUCUCCGAACAUCAACUCAAGGAUUGUGCAGAAGGGCGCUGGGGCCCAGACUUUGUAGACUUUGUGCGGGCUCAGCGAGGACAACCUCUCCUUCCUCGGCAACCUGUGGAACCUGACGACGACAUCCAGGGCGUGACUUUGCGCGCCGACUCGCUGGAGCUGGACACGUCGACCAGUGGACCUCAGACUGCGAUCUUGUCUGGCACGGCGAACCUCACUCGGGCAGUGUCGCACGCCCCUCUCCGAGUACUUCCUGACAUAGAAAAGGCGAAGGGGCAGCAGUUCGACCUCAAUCCUCGGACUCAGAAUUUUCUGCUGAGCUUGGUCAAAACAGGGAUCCUUUGGUGUGUGCACUUGGGGACUCCAUGUACUGUGUGGUCAUGGGCCCGUCGCAACAUUCGGGACUUUGGCAAGGCUAGGUACAAGCAGGCUGUGGGUGUUGCGUGGGCUCUCUUCUCAGCACGCAUGAUAAGGGCUUGUCUUCAGCGUCACGUUUUCGUGUCGCUUGAGAACCCUCAGACCAGCAGACUUUGGCAGUUUGGACCAAUACGUGACCUGUUUAAGAUCCGGGGCGUGUCUUUCUUCACCUUGCACAUGUGCGCCUUCAAUCAACCUUACAAGAAACCAACCAGCAUCUUGACCAACGUGUCAUGGCUUUGUGCAUUUCAAAGACGUUGCAGUGGAGGGCAUGUGCAUCAGCAGUUGCGUGGCAGCGAGAGUGUUGUCAUUGAUGGCAAGCAGACCCGCGUGCUCGACUACCUCCAUGGCCUUGAAAAGGCGGCGAGUGGAGCUCGACGCCAACUUGCUGCGACUGCCGGACGAGGCGUUCAAGCAAGUGACGACUUUGCGGACACCGAGCUCUUCGUCGACGGCCGCCCCUUCCUCAAGGAGUCCCGGCAGUACAUCCGCACGCGCCCCGUCGUCUUCGGCCAGUUCGACGCCUUUGACAUCGCGAAGCUCGCUGGCUACCGACAAGGAGGCGGCGCCCAAGCGAAGACUUUGGAUGCGUACCGCAAGCACAUUCGAGCUUUUGAAGCCUGGGCUGCGCCAACAAGGCGCCGCAUUACCAAGGCCAACCUGGAUCAGAUGGUCACCAGCUACUUGACUCGCCUUGCCCUUGAGGAUGAGGCGUCACCUUCUGUGGGCUCCUACCUGAUCUACGGCCUUCAACUCCUUCGCAACACGGUGCCUCGGCAACAAUUCCUUCCGAGCGCGAAGGAGGCGCUGGCGGGCUGGAAGAAUCUUGCCCCUGGAGGCAUGCGGCUCCCGGCUCCUGAGGAGUUUGUCUUUGACUUCGCCACGUUGACUCUGGAGCAGAACAACAUUGACAUUGCCUUCGCCGUUGUUUUGCAGUACGGCACGUACAUCAGGCCUUCAGAAUGUUUGGGGCUCAGCUGCGCCAACGUUGGGUUCCCGGCUGGUGGUCGCUACGACGCUUGGUCACUGGUUCUGGCGCCCUUCGAACUUGGCUCCUCUACCAAGACCGGCAGCUACGACGACUCCGUGCUCAUUGCUGAUAGGCCAGAUCGCAAAUGGCUCAAGGAGGCCAUGAAGUUCUACAUGAAGCUUGUGGACCACAACCUUUUUGAGCACCUCUCACUGGAGCGCUACAAGCAGUGGUUCAAGACUGCAGCCAAGACGCCUCACUACAAGGCCCAGUGUGUUAUGCCUCACAUUUUACGGCACUCCGGGGCCUCCAACGAUGCCUUCCACAAACGCAGGACACUGCUCGAGAUCCAGAAGAGGGGAAGAUGGCAGGCUAAGAAAUCGGAUACGAAAAGCAUGCUCUUCUUCUCAAACGGUGGGAACAAGCUCCUCGGGAUCGGCAUGCAGCCAUCCGUCGGAGAUCCCAGACGCUACCUGCUGUGA